ACCAAUCAGAUCGGAGGAACCUGAUAAUGAUGUGCAUUCCGGCAAUGUUAAUAAUUAGAAUCUAUACGGAAAUAAACGGAAAUGAGAGCAUAAACUAGACUGAACACUGAUAUCAAGCCAGGUACUACCAUAGACGUACUAGACCUAACAAGCAGCGUACAGGACUAUACCGGAGAGUGUAUCACAACUUUGGCCUUGCUCUAAGUUACCAAAGAUCAUGUCAGCAACCUUAGACGGCAAGGUGGUACUGAAAGAGGGUUGGCUGAUCCUCUUCAAAGGCAAGAAGACGGGCCUCUUCAGCACCAAACUGGCACCGGAUAAAGAACUUGGUAGAGGGUGGGCUGUCCUUCAUCAGUCAUCAGCCAAACCGGCCAUCUCUUUUUACCAGGACAACAGGAAGGAGACAAAAGUAUUGAAGAAAGACAAAAUUGAAGUACACGUAAUUAGAGAGGUUGCCAAGGUGAUCGACCACCCUAAACACCCGUAUGCUAUCAGUCUAAAGUGCAAAGGCAGCAAGCGGCUAUUGCUACACUGUGACAAAGAUGUUGAUGUGACCACCUGGCUGAAGGUGCUCUGUGAGCUACUCAGCAUACAAUACAAGAGAGAAAAGGUGAUUUGGGAAUACUACGAUGGUGGACUAUGGAAUGCACUCCCAGACGGUGACUCAUUCAGAAUUGAGGCGCACUACUCAGAGAGUGAUAACUCGUUCUACCUGGGUGAAGCUCAGAUGGCCUUCCACUAUAACCUUAACAACAUGACACGAUCACACCCACGCACAAAAGUGACCCAUCGUAUAAAGAGGACUGUGUUUAUUGAGGAUAGGCCCGAGGUCACUCACAGCAAGAUGAUGGACCUACCAGCUUUCUGGGAGUGGGGCAAUGUUGACAAGGAUCUUUGGCAUCCAUUUGAGAGGGAAACCAACAUCCAGAUAGAGGACAUGUACGAUAGUGGCUCCCAGUGGGCGGAGCUUACUCUUUGUCUUCCCUCCCCCAUGCCCUUCUUGUUGGACCUGCACGAUAUGAAACUAGUCAAUUUUAGAACAGCCGCAAGAUAUGGCCUGAGGCGUAUCGACAACAGUGCGAACAUGACACAGGUGAGUACGUGUCCUGAACCACGCUCUCCAUCACCAGACGAAUUCGACGAUGCUCCUCACCAGCCGGGUCUGCUCUCUCCGAUGUCGCCGUUGUUUAAGCCGAUCCAGGACUGUCUCCGCCACCUGCAGGUCCCACGCAAGAACCUCGACCACAAACAGAUGAUCGGAGAAGGAGCAUUCGGAGAUGUAUUCCUAGCGGAGGCGACUGGACUGCCAGGCCAUGGGAACAAGACAAUGGAGGUAGCCGUCAAACAGCUCAGACUGAGUGAUUUCAUAGCUCGCCACGGUCAUCACAGUCAACAGAUGGAGGACUUCUUGAGAGAGGCAAAGGAGAUGUCCAAAGUGGAUCAUCCCAGAAUUGUCAAACUCAUCGCUGUGUGCACAUUGGACUACCCCUUGCUGCUGGUAGAGGAGUACAUGAGCCAUGGUGACCUACUGGGCGUGCUCAAAGACUCUCGUCCAUUCAUGCCUCUCCUGACACAGCUGGACAUUGCCUACCAGGUGGCUGAUGCUAUGGACUAUCUCGCCAACGUACUUAACUGUGUCCAUCGUGACCUAGCUGCUCGCAACAUUAUGGUGAGGGAGGAUGAGAACAAGAACCUUCUGACAAAGGUCGCAGACUUUGGACUCUCAAGACAUCUCUAUUCGGACAUGUACAAGACCCAAGGAUCCAAACCACGUCCACUUCCGGCCAAGUGGAUGGCACUGGAGAGUCUCAUGUACUUUAUAUUCACGACCAAGUCUGAUGUGUGGAGCUAUGGUGUGCUGGUCUGGGAGAUUAUGUCACUGGGACGUUCUCCAUACCCGGGUGUCGAGAACAGGGAAUUGCUGGAACAGAUCGAGGAGAGGGGCCUUAAACUGUCCAGACCAAAGCCUUGUCCCGGACGAGUCUAUGAGAUGGUUUUGGACUGUACCCAACACCAACCUGAGGAGAGACCAACUUUCUCUCAACUCAGAGAUCAAAUGGAGGAUUUGGUUCGACAGGUGAAAGAAGGCACUCUGGUAUGUGAUGACAGGAACAGUGUCAUCAGUUCAUCUCCAACGACCAAUCAGACAUCAAACACUACUCAACAAGACAAGGAGCAGAAGUCAUCAGGUCAACAAGAGAAUGAGUGUCUGUUACAAGUCACCGAGCCGGCCUCUUCGAACGCAGAGGAAAACCCCUCACCUUCUCAGAGCAGUCCUAGUGCUUCACCCUCGCACCGCACACCUCCAAAAGUCAGUCCCAAGUUUCCACGGAAAAGUUUGGUGGGUAGCUCCCCUGCCAGUCCAAGGAGAGAGCUCACUAGUAGCACUGGUUCAAGCCACUCUGCCGUGGCCCACGAUGUUGUUACUGAGCAUGCCCAGACCGAAGCAGCUGCUGCAACCCCCCCUGCAAGGGCCGUGAAGGAUACCUUCAACUCACAAGAUGAGGAUCUGCAAGAGAAGGCUGGUCCUUUGGGUCACAUUUACUACCUCCUGGAUCCCAUCAAUGAUCCCAUCCACUCUGUACCCACCCCACAAAAGACAAAGCCCCCCCUCCCGAAUAACCUCCCCCCCACAAGCCCUCACAGGGCAAACAGUUUAAUUUGCUCUGAACAUCCACGGGUAGAUAGUUAGCCAUAGCUUAUAAUCACGUCCUAGUUUGCUCACUCAGUGUAUUACACUGCACAUUAAUUUUCUUAUGCUACUGUGUGUAAAUCGUCAAUUGAAUUUAGUCCAAUUUCUCAUCAGAAUUAAGUCACAGAA